AUGGGCAGCGUCCUGGCUUUGACCUGUGGUCCGGGCCAUCAGAACUGGCCUUUCUCCACGGACCCCCCUCCUCCUCGCUGGGACACACAUCCUGCUCACUGGGACAGUCCUCCGCGCUGGGAAAAGAGAGAUGGCCGCCUGCCAAACCCAGGCAGCUUUCACUCUCUCCACAGAAGCUGCAAAGAUGUUUUUCCUCAGCAGAUUGAAGGAGUUAAGAUGAUCCUCAAUAAAACUCUGAGCAGCUUCUUCAAGGCCAGUCACACUCUGCAUCUCAGUGCUGUUAGCCCUUCACACUAUCGGUUCCACGUGGAGCAUCUGCAGUCUGAUGAUUACAGCAAAGACAAGGAUGCCCCAGCACUGAUCGGUGAGGUGGACUCUUCAGGUAGCCUGAACGCUCACGCUCUCGUGCAUCUCACUGAGCGCGUACGAGCCAGGUCCGUCUUCCAGACUCAGCAGUCCCAAUUUGUAACGUGGCAGUUUGAGACCGAGUACAGAGGGAAUGACUUCACUGCUGCUGUGACAGUAGCCAACCCGGAUGUCCUCAGAGAGUCAGUUAUCCUUGUGGCACACUUCCUGCAGAGUGUGUCUUCUGGGCUGGUGUUGGGAGGGGAGCUGGUCUACCAUCGCGGCAGAUCGGAGGAAGGAGGAAUUCUUACUUUGGCUGGACAGUAUUCUCGACCAAACUGGGUGGCGACACUGAAUGCUGGAAAAGGAGGUGCCCACGCCAGCUACUAUCACAGAGCUAACAAACAGAUCCAAGUGGGUGUGGAGUUUGAAGCCAGUACCAGGACACAGGAGACCACCGCCUCGUUUGGGUAUCAGAUGGAACUGCCAGAGGCCAACAUGGUGUUUCGAGGUAUGAUAAACAGUCGGUGUAUAAUAGGAGGCGUGUUGGAGAAGCGCCUGACCCCGCUCCCUGCCACCUUGAUCAUGGGUGCCUUUGUAAAUCACAAAGGUGACAAGCUGCAAGUGGGGCUCGGUGUCAAUGUGGGAUAA